GAAGAGGAUCCACCCAUUAUUAAAAUAUGGGACCUUGAUAAGCAGGAUAAAUCCAAAGGAACUCCUACAUGUCAGCGUACAAUUAAAGUAAAUCAUGGUGGGAAACCGUUUCCUGUUUCGGCGCUAGCUGUUUUGGAAAACUUGGGCCAGAUUGCAGUAGGAUUAGCCAAUGGCGUAGUCGUGUUGAUCAAAGGUGCCGCUUUAGGAUGCGCAGUAAUGAGCGAUACAACACAUGAAAUGGUUGUCGCUAAGGAUGAGUUUUUGGAUGCCCAACGUAUACAUAACCUUGUCAAUUAUCUCCAAGAACUCCAUAACCACGGUUUCGCUAAUGCGGAUCACACUACUCUACUGCUCAAUUGCUAUACCAAAUUAAAAGACGUGGCACGACUGGAUCAAUUUAUUAAGACUGAUAAUGAUGAACUAAAGUUUGACGUAGAGACAGCUAUUAAAAUUGAAGACGUUAAGGAUUUUGAAAACGCUUUAGAAUACAUUCGUAAGUUGGGAUCGAAUGAGGCUAACCGUAAUUUGCAAAAAUAUGGAAAAAUUCUCCUUAAUCACCUUCCACAUCCUACAACUCAACUCCUUAUCGAUCUUUGCACUGGUGACUUAUUUUUAACCGCUCAACGCUCUCGUUUCAGUACUCCACGAAAACAUGAAACACUUAAUGUUCCAAGGACUGUAUCAAACCGACCUGCUAGUGUGGGUAGUAUUGAUGUGGAUGAUGUGGUAUCAAAGGAUAGUAUUGAAAAUAAUGAUUAUGAAGCAGAAGAAAAGAAAGCUGUUUGGAACACACUUUUAGAGCUUUAUCUGUCAGAGGCCUAUUUGCCACCAGUUGUAUCCGGUAAAGAUUCAAAAGGAAGAAAAUAUGGAGCCCCAGGAAAUUUUGCGGUUUCUACCGAGACUGAACGUGUUAAAGAGAAAUUGUUAAGGAAAGAUAAAGCUUUACAAUUAUUGAAAAACCAAGAUGUCUCUUAUGAUUCAAAUCAAGCACUUGUCCUCUGUUAUUUGGCUCAGUUUGACGAAGGAAUUGUUUAUCUUUAUGAAAAAAUGAAAAUGUAUGAGGAAAUUUUAAGAUUUUAUAUGGCCAAGGAUGACACUGAUAAAGUAAUUCUCCCACAUGAUCAAUCACUUUAUUUGUUGGCUCUGGCAUAUUUUUCCUCUUCUCCAACGACUUUGUCUACAUCUACUUCCGAGCUUCUACAAAUCCUAGACCACAUUGAUUCUCAUAACUUACUGCCACCAUUGCAAGUUAUUCAAGCUCUUAGUAGAAAUUCUAUAGCUACCUUGGGAAUGAUUAAAGGAUACAUGGGGAAAAGAAUUGAAAGUGAAAAAAAAGAAACACAAGUUAAUAAGAAGAAAAUACAAGACUAUCGUGAAGAAACUGAAAAAAAGAAAAAGGAAAUUGAAGAAUUAAAAACU